AUGAGUGAUUAUACCCCCCUACUUGAUCAAGAUGAUGACGGCGACGACUCGAGCCCCCAACCACAACGGGGAUCCGUGGACAGCAGCAGCAGCAAAUGGCAAUUCCGCUACCGCCGCGCCCGAACCGCGACAUCGCGCUUCGUGAACUCGCGCACCAAGCACUGGCUCAUCCUCGUCCUCGUCGUCCUCGACGUCGCGGGCAUCCUGAGCGACAUAUUCAUCGCCCUCAUCACGUGCCAGCUGGGCGUCGAAGACGAGCCGUGGGUGGCGCCGACGAGGAGUGCGCUGACGGUCUUCUCGCUGGCUCUGAGCUGCGUGUUUCUGGUCGAGCUGGGGUUGUCGGUUUUCGCGGAUGGGUUGGCGUACCUAUCAAGCUGGUUCCACCGCUUCGACGCGGCCGUCAUCGUCAUCAGCUUCGGCAUCGACGUGCUGGAGCACCACAGCACGGCCGAGGAGAUCGCCUCGCUUAUUGUUAUUUUCAGGCUGUGGCGCGUCGUCAAGAUGGUCGACGAGUUCUCUGUCGAGGCCUCCGAGCAGGCGGAGGAGCUGACGGGGGACCUGAGGAAGAGGAUACGGGACCUCGAGACGCGCAAUGCGGCGCUGGAGGCGCAGGUUGGGUCGCAGCAGCGGUAGAGUAAUACACUGCUAGACUGCUAACGUUUCGGUUCAUCUAAGUAUGUAUAGCAUAACACCUUUGGAAAGGCGAGAGGGUCGUCGGUUUCUACUUCGGACCGUCGGUUAUAGUUGUACUAGUUGAGUGCCUACCUAGGUAGGUACCUAAGGUAGAGAAAUAGGUUAUGGAGUUGGUGUUUGGAAAACCUUAUAUGGUCUGGGUGAAAAUUGGCAUCAACGGUGG